AUGGAGGGAUCUGACCAACCCUCGUUGUCCUGGACAGGGCCAGUCGAUAUCAAAGAUGAAACCGCCAGUGGCGCAACCAUCACCGGCGAUGAGACCCCUCGCAAGGACAGCCCUGCUGCCAGCCAAACCAACGAGUGGAGUCUCUUGUCCCAGAUCCAGCAACAACAUGAACGAGAUCUGGCCUCUGGUUUCAAACGCCAGGAACUGGGUGUCACCUGGCAGAAUCUCAGCGUCGACGUGAUUAGUGCCGAGGCUGCGAUCAACGAGAACGCCUUGUCGCAGUUCAACAUCCCUCAGCAUAUCAAAGAGUCACGCAAAAAGGCUCCGCUGCGCACCAUCCUGCGAAACAGCCAUGGCUGUGUGAAGCCCGGCGAGAUGUUGUUGGUUCUGGGUCGCCCGGGCUCGGGAUGCACAACUUUGCUGAAGAUGUUGGCCAACCGCCGACUAGGCUACAAGUCCAUCGAAGGAGAUGUUCGAUUCGGUUCCUUGACUCAUCGAGAGGCCAGCAAGUACCGAGGCCAAAUCGCUAUGAACACCGAAGAAGAACUGUUUUUUCCCACGUUGACCGUCGGCCAAACCAUGGACUUUGCCACACGCCUCAAGGUUCCUUUCCAUUUGCCCAACGGUGUCAAAUCCCCUGAAGACUAUCGGAGGGAAACUAAACGCUUCUUGCUCGAGUCGAUGGGAAUCUCCCACACUGAAGACACCAAAGUGGGCAAUGAGUUCGUGCGCGGUGUCUCUGGCGGCGAACGCAAGCGUGUUUCCAUCAUCGAGUGUAUGGCCACGCGAGGCUCUGUCUUUUGUUGGGAUAAUAGUACCCGUGGAUUGGAUGCGAGCACCGCGCUGGAAUGGACCAAGGCCGUCCGCGCCAUGACUGACACCCUGGGUCUGUCGACAAUUGUGACGCUGUACCAAGCCGGCAACGGAAUCUACGAGCAGUUCGACAAAGUCCUGGUUCUCGACGAGGGCGAGCAGGUCUUCUACGGAACCCGGGAGCAAGCCCGGCCUUUCAUGGAGGAGGCCGGAUUCAUCUGUCGCGAGGGAUCCAAUGUGGCCGACUUUUUGACAGGUGUUACUGUCCCAACGGAGCGACGGAUUCGCGAAGGCUACGAGAACCGAUUCCCCCGGAAUGCGGAAGCGCUGCGAGCUCAAUACGAGGCUUCACCCAUCCACGAACAAAUGAUCGCCGAGUACAACUACCCGGACUCCGACCUCGCCCGUCAACGAACCCAGGAUUUCAAAGACGGUGUGGCCUUCGAAACCUCCAACCAACUUCCCAAACACAGCCCCUUUACAGUCAGCUUCACGGAGCAGAUCAAGGCUUGCAUUGUCCGGCAAUAUCAGAUCCUAUGGGGUGACAAGGCUACGUUUAUCAUCAAGCAGGUUGCCACUCUGAUCCAGGCAUUGAUUGCAGGCUCUCUGUUCUACAAUGCCCCCAACAACUCUGGCGGUCUUUUCAUCAAGUCUGGUGCUCUCUUCUUCUCUUUGCUCUACCACAGUCUGCUGGCGAUGUCCGAGGUCACGGACUCAUUCAGUGGCCGACCAGUCCUCAUCAAGCACAAGGGAUUCGCUCUAUUCCACCCCGCAGCAUUCUGUCUGGCCCAGCUCACUGCCGAUAUUCCGGUACUUCUGUUCCAGAUCAGCAUGUUUGCGUUGGUGGUUUAUUUCAUGGUUGGCUUGACUAUGUCCGCGGCCACAUUCUUCACCUACUGGAUCAUGGUGUUCGCAGUUACAAUGUGCACAACUGCUCUUUUUCGCGCCGUCGGUGCACUCUUCUCAACUUUUGACGGCGCGUCCAAAGUUUCUGGAUUUUUGAUUUCAGCCUUGAUCAUGUAUACCGGCUAUAUGAUUCAAAGACCCCAGAUGCACCCGUGGCUGGGCUGGAUCUACUGGAUUGACCCAUUGUCCUACGGCUUUGAAUCGCUGUUGUCCAACGAGUUCCAAGGCAAAAUUAUUCCUUGCAUUGGCAAUAACAUUAUCCCCCAGGGCCCGGGAUACACUAAUCCUCAACACCAGUCCUGCGCUGGCGUCGGCGGAGCUAUCCCAGGAGAGACCACAGUUACUGGAGAGGCCUACCUGGCAUCGCUGUCUUACAGCCACUCCCAUGUCUGGCGGAAUUUUGGCAUUGUCUGGGCGUACUGGUUUUUGUUUGUCGUCGUCACGAUUAUUGCCACCUCACGAUGGCAAUCCCCUUCGGAGAGCGGAAACUCUCUUGCUAUUCCCCGCGAGCGUCUUAACCGACACAGCCAGGUCAACAAGACUGAUGAGGAAUCUCAGGUGCAGGAAAAGUCCAAGAAACCCUCCGAGGCGGGUCAGGACACCGAGGACAUCGACAACCAGCUGAUUCGAAACACUUCGGUUUUCACCUGGAAAAACCUAACCUACACUGUCAAGACACCCUCGGGUGACCGCGUGCUGCUGGACAAUGUUCAUGGAUGGGUGAAGCCGGGUAUGCUCGGCGCCCUGAUGGGCUCAUCCGGUGCAGGCAAAACCACCUUGCUGGACGUGCUGGCCCAGCGCAAGACCGAAGGCACCAUCCGAGGUUCCAUUAUGGUUGAUGGCCGACCUUUGCCCGUAUCUUUCCAACGUUCAGCCGGUUACUGUGAACAGCUUGAUGUGCACGAACCUUUCGCGACCGUUCGCGAGGCCCUGGAAUUCUCGGCGUUGCUACGCCAGCCCAGCCACAUCCCCCGCGAGGAGAAGUUGAAAUAUGUCGACACUAUCAUCAACCUCCUGGAGCUUCAUGACCUCGCCGACACUCUGAUCGGAUACGUCGGCGCCGGGCUGAGUGUUGAACAGCGCAAGCGUGUCACCAUCGGCGUCGAGUUGGUUUCAAAGCCCAGCAUUUUGAUCUUCUUGGACGAGCCCACCUCCGGUCUGGACGGCCAGAGUGCUUACAACACCGUGCGUUUCCUCCGCAAGCUGGCCGAUGUGGGCCAGGCUGUUCUGGUCACGAUCCACCAGCCCUCGGCACAAUUGUUCGCUGAAUUCGAUACUCUCCUACUGUUGGCCAAGGGCGGCAAAACUGUGUACUUUGGUGACAUUGGCGACAAUGGCCAGACAGUCAAGGACUACUUCCAGCGCUACGGGACCCCUUGCCCUUCGGCUACCAACCCGGCAGAACACAUGAUCGACGUUGUCUCUGGGCAUCUGAGCCAAGGCAGAGACUGGAAUCAAGUCUGGCUGGAAUCCCCCGAGCACACUCAAGUGGUCAAGGAGCUAGAUGGCAUCAUCAGCACCGCUGCCUCUCAGCCCCCGUUUGCUACGCCGCUCCGAGAGCAGAUGAAGCUGGUGACCAAGCGGAUGAGUACCGCGUUGUUUCGCAACACCGAUUACAUCAACAACAAAAUCGCCCUGCACAUCGGAUCCGCUUUGUUCAAUGGAUUUUCAUUUUGGAUGAUUGGUGAUAGCGUUGGGGACCUGCAGUUGCGGCUGUUCACGAUCUUCAACUUCAUUUUCGUCGCCCCCGGUGUGAUCAACCAGCUCCAGCCUCUGUUCAUCGAAAGACGAGACCUUUACGACACACGCGAGAAGAAGGCCAAGAUGUACUCCUGGAAGGCCUUUGUGACCGCGCUCAUUGUGUCGGAAUUUCCGUACCUUUGUUUCUGCGCCGUUUUCUACUUUGUCUGCUGGUACUACACUGUUGGAUUCAGUAGCGCCUCGGACAAGGCCGGCGCCACUUUCUUUGUGAUGCUCGCUUACGAGUUCCUGUACACGGGUAUCGGACAGAUGAUCUCGGCCUAUGCCCCCAACGCCACCUUCGCGGCUUUGACCAAUCCCGUGGUCAUUGGAACCCUGGUUUCUUUCUGCGGUGUUCUUGUGCCGUACCAACAGAUCCAGGCCUUCUGGCGCUACUGGAUCUACUGGCUGAAUCCCUUUAAUUACCUGAUGGGCAGCAUCCUGGUCUUCGAUGUCUUUGAUGUAGACAUCAAGUGUACCAAGGGUGAGUUCGCCCUGAUCACUCCGCCCAAUGGAACUACCUGCGGCGAGUACCUCGGCCCCUUCAUGCAGACGAUUGGUUCGCGCAUGAACCUCAUCAACCCUGGUGCGACCGAGGGCUGCGAGGUGUGUCAGUACCGCAAGGGAAGCGACUACCUCUACACGCUCAAUCUCAAGGACUACUACUAUGGAUGGCGUGACGCUGCCAUUAUCUGCAUUUUCGUCCUGAGUUCGUAUGCUCUCGUCUUUUUGUUGAUGAAGCUGCGGACCAAGGCCUCGAAGAAGGCCCAAUGA